AUGCGCUUCCAGUCUUUCAAUGAGAUAGGUGAACGACCAAAUGUUACUUUGCUAAGCACUGAAGAAACCAAGGCUAGGCUAGAGCGGUGGUGUCGAGAUGCGUUUGCAUUUCUAGGUCCUGAGAACGGGGAUUUGGACUCUCACGUGGAUAAACUGGAUGAUUUGCUUUCCCCGCUGAUGAUAUGUAGCUUCCUGAUUCAUAAUCAAAAAUGGAGCAGGGAUGAUAUUAUUGAUAGGGCGUGUACUUUGCUGGAUCGCCUUCCUUCACACCCUCCAGAGCUUCCGUUUGAAAUUACUGGUAAACGCGGGCAACCCCUUGCAAAAGGUCCGUGGCCAAAGGAGUACUUCGCGUCUCCUUCGUUCGCAUCUGCGGGGGAGAGGACAACAACUGCAACACCAGAUCAAUAUGCAUGGUCUAGUCUUCGUGUCUUUUCCAGGCCAAGUACGAACGUUGUGCGAAUCGCUCUGUUCUUAGUUAUGCAGCGGGACAUUCCAGUUGGCUUUUUCAGCGCGUAUCUAGACGAUAUGACCACGCUUCUUGACACGGCAACAGGGCUAUUUGUCCAGAGCUCAAAGUCCCCAGUUGAUGCACGAGCCUGGUUCGUUCUUCAGGCGUUUCUGUGGGUAGAGUGGCAUCAGGCCAUACUAAUUCAACUUUGGUGCGAUGCAAAAAUCCAGAUGAAAACUGGGACCUCUUUUUAUCGACAUAGCAUCCCCUUGGCAAUGCCUGGGCGAGAAACAAUCGGGGAGAUGCGACCGGAUUAUAUGUGCAAAUGGGCUUUUCAGCUCCUUCGAACCGAUCUAAGCUCGGUGACGCAGGAUUUUAGAAGAAUCUUUGAGAUCUACAAUGUCCAUUUCGGAGACCGUGCUUCGCGAUGCAAUCUAAAGCCCAUUCCAGCCAGUAAUGAUAGCAGUAGCAGUGGGUUGAGGGUCUGUGAUGGAAGGGCACCGGGCAAUUGUCAGAGAUUUGAGUCGGAUGGUGUCCAGGAGCAAUCCGCUCAUGAUGCCGACUGCCCUGGCUCUGCUUGCAGUCACCCAACCUGGGACGAACAGUCGUAUAAAAGUAUCAAAGGAGCCAGGGCAGUUUCCUUGGAAGAGACCGAUGAAAAGUAUAUCCGAUACUGUCCGGUGACUACGGAGACCAUGGCAGUGUCUCAUGUGUGGAGCCAUGGACAAGGGGGGCGGCCUGAGUCUGGCUUCAACUUUUGCCUGCACCGCAGAUACACUAAGCUUGCGAAGGCAUUAGGCUGCAGUUCAUAUUGGAUGGACAGCCCCUGCAUUCCCACAGACAUGGAUCUGCGUUACGAGGCGAUGGGUCAAAUCAACAAUAACUUCCUUAAUAGCAGAGUCACUUUGCUAGUCGACCGAGACCUCAUGAAUAUUAGUAUAGAGCCAUGCUCUCUAGAAGCGAAGGAGGCGAUAGUGGCAACCAUCAUCGUUUGCGACUGGAAUGUUCGUGCCUGGACGCUCUUGGAAGGUAUGCGCGGCCGCUGGAACCUCCACAUCUUGUGCAAAGAUAACCAUACUAUAUCUCUGAGGGAUGUCGUCAAUGAUGUGUUAGCAUACAGCAAUCUCACUCUUAUAUCGCCGUGCUUGACCUUGCAGCACUACAUCCCCACCACCGAUCGCCCGGUAGAAGGUGAGAUACCCCCAGUGAGUAUAGAGCAGGCAACAUGCCUCUUGAACCACAGACACGCCACCAAGGACCGAGAUGUAACUCUGAUCUGGAGUCUGGUGUGCGGCUCAAAGCUCUUUAAAACCUCUGUGGAUUUUUGGAAGUCCGCGGUGGGAAACUCUCUAUCAACGGGUUUUCUCGUCUCCAGCAGUCCACGUCUACGAGAUGAGCAUGGAUUCGGCUGGGCACCAUCACGCCCGAAUCUCCUACCGCCCACGGCUAGCACCCCAACAAAUGAACAAUAUCCUGCAUACGAUGGAGACGAUAGUGUAUGGGGUCGGAUUACCGAACGAGGCUUCAAGGCGGAAUGGCUUGCGUGCGUUAUCGGUCGUUCUCGAGCUCUGCCCACCUGGCUUCGCCUGAAGUACUUCGAAGAUGACCUCAGUAAAGGUUUGACCUACAACAAGGGUGGAACUUCAAGGCUAAACAUGAGAACCCUAUACAAGAUCCGUUCCGUGAUCGCACCGGUAUUUAAGAAGUAUCCAUUGGUUGCUAUUAUGCUUCCUUGCACUAGAGACCGAGGAGCCAGUGGACCAGGUUUAGUUCCUCGCCCGUUCCAAUACCAAGGUGCAUCCAAGGGACCAUUGCUGGUAAUUGCUGGCUCUAAGGAUGAUGAAGAGUGGGAGUGGCAGUUUGUGCAUGAAUGGGAUACAAGUUAUCAGUUACCUGAAUUUGUGUUGAAGGAGUUGUUGUUGGUUUAG